GCCGACCGAGCGGCCGCGCGAGCCGCGAGCUGCCGGAGCUGUGGCGGCGCGCGCUGUGACCGGUGUCGGAGGCAGGAGACGCACCAUGCCGACAGGAGUGGAGCGCCAGCCGCCGGUGGCCGCCUCGGCCGCGGGCACGGCGGCGGCGGGACAGCACAUCAAGCCCUCCCACUUCUGGUCGUCGUCGUUCGCGCCGCCGUCCGACUACUGGGACCACUCCCAGUCGCACAGUCUGCUGGAGAUCGAGACGCUGUCGGUGAGCGACCCGCGCGGCGCCGGCUACGCCAGCCUGCCGCCGGCCAGCGUCCGGCCCGCCCAGACCCUGGAGCGCGCCUCAAAGUCGUCCAGCCUCAAACGGCUCUGCGGUAAGGGCGUGACGAGGAUGGGCUCCUACCUGGAGACGCUGCACCGCUCGGCGCGGAUCGCCGACAUCCCAGAGAGCGCCGAGGAGGGCUCCGAGGAGGUGGCCGGGGCGGAGGGGACGCCGGUGCGCGCCCCUCCGCCGCCGCGGGUCACCGGCCGCCGGCAGGGCCGGGCGCCGCUGCGGACCGCGUUCGGAGGUGUCGCCGACGGUCCUCCGGCGGUGCCGGCGGGAGGAGGGUCUCCGACAGGACAGGAGCCGAGCAGCUCGGACGAGUCCUCCGAGGACAACAGCCAGGGCGCCGGGAGGUCGCCGGUGCCGUCCUCGCACAUCUACAUCGACAUGCCGCCGCGGCGGUGGUCCGCCCCCGCCUGGAACUGCGCCUCAGGCUCGGAGCCGGAGAGUGAGGGCCGGCCGGGUGUCCGGCGCCGGCCGCCGCCCUGCUCGGCGGGCCUGCUGCGGCCCUGCAGCUGCCGCGCGCGCCACUGCGCCGCCGCCGCCGCCGAGCUCGACCCGUGGGACCACCGCGCCAUCGAGUACGUCAUGGUGCCCAAGUCGCAGUACCUGUCGCUGUACCGGGCCAACCGGCUGCUGCGCGACCCGUGCUGCUGCCAGGGCCUCGGGCGCGCCAGCAAACUGUGCGACAACUGCCUGCGGCCUACCGUGCUGCUCCGCUCACCGUCGCCCGCCUCGGCCGCCGGGGUGGGCGGCAGCGGGGGCGGCAGCGGCGGGAUCACCAGUGACGCCGCCGGCAGCACCAGCAGCAGCGGCGUCAGCAGCAUUCACGGCAGGCGGACGGCCGCGCCCGCACCGGCGCCGGCACAGCGAGCGCAGACGCUGCUGCCCCGUCUGACCAAGAGCCAGCCGGCGGGGAAGAAGGCGGCGCGACACACCCGGUUCUCCAGUCAGGAGCUGCUGCUGGAUUACGACUCUGACCAGCAGGUGCUCCGGCGCGAGCCGCCCGUCAGAGAAAAGGCGCACAGCUCGCGGGCGGGGAUCGUGCUGGCCGGUAACUGCCACGUGCCUCUGGACAGUGGCAGCGGCACCACUCUGCGGCGGGGACCGAUGAAGCUCGACUACACCGACAGCUGGAGGUCGCUGUCGCGCAACACCAGCUCCCCGGCCGGCAGCUGCGGAGGGUCACGGUGACGGCUGCGACCCCAGAGAGAGCAGUAACUGCAGCUCUUAGUGACAACACCAGCUCCCCGGCCGGCAGCUGCGGAGGGUCACGGUGACGGCUGCGGCUCGAGGGACAGCUGCACCUCCGGCGGCAGCAGCUGCAGCUCUCGGCGGCAGCUGCAGCUCUCCAGCCGGCAGCUGCGGCGGCUCGCGGUGACGGCUGCGGCCCGAGGAAGGGCUGCAGCUCACCAGCCGGCAGCUUCAGCUCUCGGUGACAGCUGCAGCUCCCGGAGGACAGUAGCUGCAGCUCCCGGCGGCAGCAGCUACAGCUUCUGAUGGGGAACACCUGCAGCUCUUAGUGACUGCAGACUGCAGGUCCCGGCGGGCAGCAGCAGCUGUAGCUCUCAGCAACAUCUGCAGCUCCCAGUGACAACUUUCCGGGACAUGUUUGUCAAUUACCGCUCGAAUGUAUGUGUGGACGAAUGUAUGAACGUAUGAGCAUUUGUUUGAAAGGUGAACUCAAUGACUGGUGUUAGUUGAUUGUGUGAUAUGAUAUUGAAGUUGUGACUUAUUGUUCAAUCAAUGUUUAUCCAUACAUCGUGAGGAUUCCUCUUUAUAUUCGGUUCGAUUGCAUUAGCUGCAGCCCGUCUGGUUUCUAUGUGUCGUGUCCUUAUGGUCGUAUAUUUUAUAUUGGUAUCCUGGUAAGAAAUGCGUUCGUAGGCGAUAAUUAGUGCUUAUCAUGGCGUUGACUACAGAGACACGUGUAUCAGACAUUGAUCGCAAGGCGAAGACGUAUGCUGAUGUUCAUUUACAAUUUACAACAUAGUUAUGCAGUUACGGUUUCUUUCGGAGGCGUGCUUUCUGCAAUACGUCUUGCUGAGCUAUAUCAAUACAUGUUUUGAA